AUGGGAUUGGAGCCUAAGAUUGGCAAACUUGCCAGAUCGCUCACUGGCUUCAAUGGGGCCACGUCAAUCACUAUUGGAAUGAUUGACCUUGACGUCCACUCACCCCCAGUGGUCUACUCGCAAACCUUCAUGGUCAACGACGAGAUCUCCUCUUACAAUAGAAUUUUAGGCCCUACUGUGGAUCAGCAAGAUCGAGGCCAUCUCAUCUGCCUUACACCAGAAGAUUUGCUACCCCAUCCCUAG